CUUUUGAUUCCAUAUCAGUCUCCCACCAAAUCAAAUCCGAUACUCCCAACCGAAAUAACCAACACAUUCAAGAAAACAAAUAAUGUCUAUCACAUCAAACUCCAAGUAUUCAAUAUUAAUCUCAACUAUAUCCAUACUCAGCUUAUCAUUGUUCCUCCAAGGAACUCGUGGAGACUACGGAGGUUGGCAAGGUGGCCACGCCACGUUUUACGGUGGCGGCGAUGCUUCCGGCACCAUGGGCGGAGCUUGUGGCUAUGGAAAUUUGAAUAGCCAAGGUUACGGGACGAACACGGCGGCUUUGAGUACGGCUCUAUUCAACAACGGGCUCACUUGCGGCGCGUGCUAUGAGAUGAAGUGCAACGAUGACCCGAGGUGGUGUCUCUCUUCUACUAUCACGGUCACAGCCACUAACUUUUGCCCACCAAACCCUGGCCUCUCCAACGAUAAUGGAGGUUGGUGCAAUCCUCCUCUUCAGCAUUUCGACCUCGCCGAGCCAGCUUUUCUCCAGAUCGCUCAGUAUCGUGCCGGCAUUGUUCCUGUCUCUUUCCGAAGAGUACCGUGUAUGAAGAGUGGGGGAAUAAGGUUUACGAUCAACGGACAUUCAUACUUCAACCUUGUUCUGAUAUCGAACGUAGGAGGAGCCGGAGACGUACACGCCGUAUCGAUCAAGGGCUCGAAAACACAGUCGUGGCAAGCGAUGUCUAGGAAUUGGGGACAGAACUGGCAGAGUAAUUCUUACAUGAACGACCAAAGCCUCUCGUUCCAAGUCACCACCAGCGAUGGUCGCACCGUCAUUAGCAAUGACGUGGCUCCUUCUAAUUGGCAGUUCGGACAAACCUACCAAGGCGGUCAGUUCUGAUGAUCAGUUCAUCUCUCUGUUUUGGGUGCUGACGUGGCUGCGUAUUGCUGAGGUGGCUCGUAUAAGCACCCGCUUAGCUUAGUUUUUUCUCUUUUUUUUAAUCAUAUUUACGAAUUGUUGGUUAAAUGGUUGUAUUUUCAUCAUGCCUACACAAAUCAAAGGUUUUUUUUUUUUUU